AUGAAUUUUAAAGCAUCAUUUUAUUAACUAAUUUAUCUUCUAUUACAAUAUGUAUUAUUAGGAUAGACAUCACAGUGUCCAUAAUUUUCUAUUGAGCACAUGACUCGUUUCUUCGAUAAUCAAAGUAUAAAAGGCUAUCUAAAAAUACCACAAACAAAUCUUAUCUUAAUAAAUACUAUUUCAAAUGAUGCUAAUAAACUCAAUGAUAUAUCUAACGUAGUGUAUUACAAUGACAUAUCGAACAAUUAAGACAACAUCAUUAAUGCAAUCAAGACUGAUUAUACAAUUUUAUAGAUGGAUUAUAUUUAGAAAAAUAAUUAAAUUCUAAUUGUUAGUCCAAAUCAGCUAAUCGCAGCUAAUGUUUAUACAUUAUAGAUUAUAAACUUUCUCAUAUUUAGAUCCUCAACAGGUUUAAGCCUUAUUUAGGACACAAACUUAGCUAUUUUAACCACUCGAAGUUGCAAAUUCUACAUAAUAGAUGUUGUUUAAUUUAAAGAGAUAUAUUCUGAAGAUAGUUGCUAUUAUAUGUAUGAUGUCGGUAAUAUACUCUUUUACCCAAAAACAUUUGUACUAAAAAAUGGGGAAGUUUUUAUAGCAAUAAAAGAUUAUUAUGGAUAUCAAGCUUGGUUUUUAAAUUUAAAAACAUACUAACUUGAAUAUCAUAAUUAUGUCCCAUAACCAUAAUACUUAGGGUAUAAUGAUAUAGAUUUCUAUUAUGAUUGGAAUUUGCUAUUUAUAGUUGGCAAUUAUUACAUGCUUAACAUAGUGUAAAUUCAAGAAUUAAGUUCGAAUAAAUUUACUGUAUUAUAAAAUUGGAAUUUGAUGGAUUGGGGCAAUAGUUUUUUGAAUGUUAAAAUUAUUUAAUAAAUUCAAUAAUCUUAAUCCAGUUUUAGCUUAUUUACGAGUGACCCUUACUCCUUAUUCAGACUUGAUUUUACUAUUACUGGAAAUUAGUUAACAUAGUCAAUUGAUUCUAUUAAUUUUGUAUGGGCUACUUAAGGUUUUCCUGUAUAAUAUUAAGGAUAUUAGUACACUUAAUGGUAUUAUGUGUAAGAAAACAAAUAGUUAUUUAUACCUAUGAUGUAUUAUUCUAAUGGAUGGACAAAAAUAUUUAUAGUUAAUCAAAAUGAGAUAAAUUAUUUUGUUUCAGCAAGUUAUAAUUAAAUUAUAGUUAUAUAAGAUACAAUUCAUGGUGAAGUUAUAUGGCAAACAAAAUUAUCAGAUGAUUUAAUGUACGGAAAAGAAAACUUUUUUAUUUAAGUUCAAAAUUACCCUAAAGGUUUUUUUGUAAUGAUGAACUCUGGAUCAAUAAGCUAUAUAGAUAUAUUUGCAAAUUAAAAUAUUUAGAGUUUUAAAUUAAGUUAAAUUAACCUUUCCUUGAACAGAAUGAGUUAUGUACUGACUUCAUAUAUCGACUAAGAAAACAUUCUUUGGUUUAUUAUUGGUUUACCAUACAAAGACAAUUAGGAAAAUUUUUUAUUCUGGAUGAUUGAUUUUAAAAGUUAAAAGGCAUAAGCUUUAUUUUCAGAUAAUGUAGAUGAUAAUUAAAAUAAAACAUGUUACGCUUUAUAUUCAGAAAAAAAUAACUCACUUGUAGGCUUAGAUGUAUUAGGAAAUGUAUAUGUAUGGGAUUCACUAAAUCAAUAUAAAUUUAAAUAUAAAAAGACAAUAACUAAAUACUAAUGUUAUUAAUCGGUAAUGGGAUAAUUAUACAAUGAUGGUAACAAUGUAUAUUUAAUUGUAGUAUGUGAUGAUCAUAAGGUAAUUAGUUUUAAUAUAGAUACAGAAGAUACUUAACUACUAACUCAGAUGUCUUCUGACUCAAUUAAUAUUAAUUCUUUUGAAGAUAUUUAAUUGAUAGGUAUUGGAGAAACUGAUACAGGAAAUGUAUUUUUAUUCAGGUAUAAUUAAAGUAGCAAGAAUUUUAAGUCCUUUUUUAAAAUAUAAACUAUUAAAUACAACGAUAAGCCAUUGAAUUUAAGUUAUUUACCUGAUUCUCAAUAGCUCUUUAUCUAAUACUACUACAGUAACAACUUUUUACCAAUAGGAAUGUGCUUAGAAAAUGUUUAAAAUUGUUUGAAUUGUUAGAUGGAUUUUUAUUUUAACACAUCUGAAACUUAACAGUUGGAUAAUUUAUUUGGGCUAGGAACGAGUCAAUCUCCAUUUUUAAGUUCAUCAAAUCUAAUAACAACAUUUUUACUGGCACAGCAAUAUAAUUAAUUAAUAGAUGGAAUUUAGAAGAUUAAAAUUAAUAUUUAUAUUCAUGCAGAAAACUCUUUUAAUUUAUUUCAAGAGUUACUAGAUAUUUAAUUUAGUAAUGUAAUAUAAUUAAUGAUAAAGAGUACAGACACUUUAAAAUAAUCUUAAAUAAAUAUUACAAAUAGCCUUUAAUUUAAUUAAUUUAGCUCUUUAAAUUUAUCAAAUAUAAUAUUCUAUUUUAAAUAUGUGGAUAACUAAAUUUAUUAGUGUGGAUUAUAAAUAAAUAAUAUUAUUGAAAUAGUGAAUAUUGAUAAUAUCGACUAAUAAUCUUCAAAUGCUACAAUUUCUUAAAAUUGCAAUUCUUUUCAAAUAAGUAAUUCCUCUGUAACUUUGUAAAAUCUAAAUAUAUCAAAUAAAGAUUUUUCUUAAUUUUAAGAUUUAAUUUAAGUUAGCGAUUCAAAGUAGCUUGUGUUAGAAAAUCUCAUUCUUUAAAAUUCAAUUUUAAACAGUUAGUUUAGCAUUGUAAAGCAGCUAAGUGAAACUAGUAUAACAAUCAAAUAGAUGAUUAUUCAAAACAACACUUGCGAUAUAAAAUAAAACUCAAAUUCACAGUAUGUAGGAUAACUUUUUUAAGCAGGUUAAUUUAAUGUAAGUAACAUGCAAAUCAUAGGAAAUCAAUUUUGUAACUCAAAGAUCUUUUCAACUAUUAGCAGUAUAAACCAGAAAAACUAUAAUAUUUUGUUUGAUAACAUUAUCAUACAAAACAACAAAUUUUAUACAAUAGCUUCACAUCUAUUUUAUAACGCAAUAUAUACCUUUAAUCCAUUAGCAGGUUGUCUAUAAUUUAUUGAAGUUAAUUAAAUUAACCUGAAUUUAUUUAAUUCUAGCUAUAUUAAUGCUGUUGAUAAUUCUAUCAUAAUUAUCUAAAAUAUCAAUUACAAAAACAAUUUGAUUGAAUUAAAUAAUAUUGAAAUAUUUAGUUCUUCAUUCAUAUAAACCUUAUCAAAUUCUUAUUCUAACCCCUUGUUCAUUUCUUGUGAUUAAGUUUCUGAUAUUUAAAUAUUAAAUUCUAAUUUUUAUGACAAUAUUCUAAAUGGUUUCGUCAAUUCUUUAACUUAGUCAACAACAGCUAUUUAGAUAAUAAAUUCACAAGGAUAUAUGCUUAUUUAGGACACAUAAUUUAGCAAUUCUAAGUCAGAUUCUCACUAUAAUUUUGCAUUUAUAUAGUGCAACAACACUUAUAUAAAUAGAUGCUCAUUUGCAAAUUCUUCAUAUGAUUUAUUAGAUAACACAGCAUUAUUCAUACAAUAAGGAGGAUGUCUAAGAAUAAAAUCAAAUACAUUUCAAUUGAAUAAUUCUAAAUUCUUUUAAUCAACUGCUAGUAUUGCUUCUUUUGUUUACCUAGAACCACUAAGCAAUUAAAUGGAUAAUAUAUUCUUCAAUACUUCAUUUUCUUAAGGUUAUUCUCAUUUUGAUGGAGGAGCUGCUUACAUAAAUUCUUAAAAUUCUUAUAUAAGCUUGAGUAUAAAUAAGUGUAAUUUUACUGAUAUUUACUCACUUUAUCCAUUAUCAAGUGUUAUUUCAAUUAAGAAUCAAGCAACAUAAGGCCAGUUAGGAAGACUCUAUAAUUUCAAUAUAAACAAUGCUUUAUUAACAAAUAUUUUCGGAAACACAGAUUCUAUUUUUUUUAAUGCAAAUGAUGCUGAUAUCAGUAUUUAAAAUUUAACAUAAUUCAAUAAUUUGUUGAAUUAUGAUUACCCUAUUCAAUUUUCAAAAAUACUUGCUCCAGAUAAUUUAUAAGCAUGCACAUUUAUUAAUUCUGAAAAUUCAAAAAUUACAAUAAAUAAUACAAAUUUUUAUGAUUUGAUUUCUUCGAAGGAAUCGACUCUACCUCUUUUAAUUAAAUCUAUAAAUUCAACUAUUUUAGUAAAAAAAUUAAAUGCAACUAAAUGUUAAUUUUUGCCAAGUCUAAUAGAUAUAACAUAGAGCAAAUUAGAGAUUAGUCAAAGCAGGUUCAAUAAUAUGUUUUAAAUAGAACCUCAAAGAAUUCUUCAAAAUAAUGCUAUAACUUAAUAAAUUAAAAAUAACUCAUUGAUUUAAUUAAACAGAUCUAGUAUUUUGAUUAACGAUAACUCAUUUUUUAGUGAAAUUAUUUGCUCUUAAAAUUGUUAUGGCUCAUGUUUAUCUUUAGUUUACUCAAAUUUUAAUAUAUAGAACACCUAAUUCAUAUAAAAUAAAGCAGUUAAUGGAGGAGCAAUAGCGAUCUUAGGAAAUGAUCAAAUGAUUAACUUAAUUUAAAGUUCAAACUUUUUUUAAAACACUGCAAUAAAAAAUGGUGGAGCAAUUUAUUUGUAAACUGAUAUAAAUGAUAUUUUCAAAAUGUAAAUUGUUGAAUCUUAAUUUCGUGAAAACUCAGCUGAUUAAGGUAAUGGAGGUGCUUUUUAUUUAUUGGCAUAAACUGUUAACUCAAGUUAAUAAUAGAUAAUGAUUUAAAAUACUGAAAUUAGUAAUAACAAGGCUUAAAUAGGUGGUGGAAUUUAUAAUUAAGGAAUAAACCCUAAAAUAGAAUUAAGUUUACUCUCAUUUAAUUAUGCCUUGUACUAUGGAAAUGAUUAGUUUUCUUAUCCAUCAUAACUUUUUAAUGUCAACUAUCAAAGUUUUUAACAUUAAAAUUAGAAUCAAAUUAUAUUUAAUAAUUUUAAAAGUGGUGAUAAAUUUCCUAAAUUUAUUUUUGAGCUAAGAGAUAAUAGCAGUAAACCUGUAAUAUAUACUGAAGGAUAGCAAAUUACAGCUCAAAUAAGAAUAAGUACAAAGACAGCAAAUUCUUCUUAAUAUUAUUUUAGAGGGAAUACUAUCCAAUCAAUUGAUCCUAUCAAAAAUAUUUUUAUAUUUAAUGAUCUAGAUUUGAUAGGUAUUCCUAAUUCCUACUUGAUAAUAGAAUUUAUUUCAGAUUCAAUAAAGAUAUUUAACAAUUAAACAUAAACAUUUGAAAAUAAUUAUACAUUUGAAGUGUAUGUUAAUUUUAGGAAUUGUGUUUAUGGAGAGAUCAUUAAUUAGUAUAACAAUUACAAAGAAUGUUAAACUUGUGAAGAUGGUAAAUAUUCAUUAGACUUUGAAGCAUGUUAUUCCUGUCCUUCUGGAGGAUAAUGCUAAAAUGGAGUAGUUGAUCUCUAAAGUGGAUUUUGGAGAAAAGAAGAGCACAGUUUAUAAAUAUUAUAAUGCUAUAAUCGAUUAUAGAAUUGUAUAGGAACAUCAUUUGGAAAUAAUGUUUGUCAUUAAGGAAAUAUCGGACCGCUAUGCGAAGAAUGUGAUAUUCAUGGAGAAUUUUGGUAGAAAAGCUAUACAAGAAGUUCAAAGUAUUAGUGUGAGUUAUGUGAAAGUAUAAGAUAUGAUUUUUGGAAACUAGCUCUUACUUUUCUUUGGAUAACAAUUUCUAUAUUUUUGACUGUUAAGAAUGAUGAAAGUUUUUUCUUAAAAAGAAUAUUGAUAAACAACAUUCGUAAAAAAUCUAAAAAAAUCCAAAGUGAAAGUAUUAAAAUUAGUAAUCUAAGUUCAUAGGUUAGAUUAAAUAAGCUUGAAAACCCAAAAUAAAAAAUUUUAUCUAAAAAUUAUAUUAAGAUUUUUACAAACUAUGUUUAAAUAGUAAGUACUACUGUCACAUUCAACUUAAACGUUGAUUCAUAUUUUGUAGAAGUUUCUACUUAUUUAGGGAAUCCAAUAAAAACGUCUAUAGAUUUUUUAGAAUGUUUACUUAAAGAUAGUUAAAUACAAAUACCUUUAAUUUACAAGAAGCUAUUUUUUUCUUUAAUUUCUCCUUUUAUUAUUUUAGCAUUAUUUGCUUUUAUCCUGAAAUUUAACUAAAAAUUUAUAGAUAAAUCAAUAAAAUUUAAAAUACACUAACUCUAUACAGGAUCAAUAUUCUUGUUUUUGUAUCUUUAACCAGAUUUAGUUUCUUAAAUGAUAAGUCUGCUUUCAUGUAGAUAAAUUGGGGACACCUCUUACAUAUUAAGCAAUCUCAAUUAUGAAUGCUAUACAGACAGCUACAAAUAUUAUAGCUUAAGCUUAAUACUUCCUUUCUUAAUUAUAUGGGUUAUAAUAAUUCCUUUUGCUCUUCUAGUUUAUAUUACAAAGAAUAAAAAGAAUUUAGAUAGUUUAUUUAUAAAUAUGAAAUUUGGCUUCUUGUACAGAGAGUACAAAAGCAAUGUUUAUUAUUGGGAAUUCAUAAAGAUAGCAUAAAAAAUAUCAAUAAUACUUGUACUUAAUCUUUAUUAUCAGAAUUAGAUUGUAAAAGGCUGUAUUAUAACAUUGAUUAUAACAGGCUAUGGAUUAUAUGCAAAUAAAUUAUAACCUUACAUAGAAGAUAACUACAAUUAAUUAGAUAGCUUAUCCACAAAGGUAUGCGCUUUAACAGUAUUUCUUUGCGUUUUGAUAAACGGAAAUGAUUACAAUUAUUUAUUGAUUACUUCUUUAACUAUAAUCUUAAUAAUUAACAUUUAUUUUGUUAUAGCCAUUUUAAUAAGAGUAAUUGAUAGUAAGAAACAUAGUUUAUUAAAAAUAUUAUCUAAUAUGAAAAAUAAAUUAUUGAAUAAAAAAGAACAAAAAAUUGAAAAAAAACAAAUAAAUAAAGAAUUAAAGAAAAAGAUAAGAAGAAUUCUGUUAAAUUAUUAAUCAUUUAGUAAAAACAAUAAAUUGAACAUCAAUCUUCUUAUAUAUAAUGAUCAACAAAGUAAUUUUUAUUAAAUUAAGUAAUUAAUUUAAUUACUAACAAACUUAAUUUUUAACGAAUAAGUAGACUUAAAAGAAAACUCAAACGUGUAAAUGCUUAAUCUAUUCUCAUAACUUGAUAAAUAAGACAAAGUAGCAUAUAAUAGCUAGUGUUCUAAUUUGCAAUCUUGUUCACCUUUAUAUAACAAAAUAUGGGAGACCUAAAGUCAAAAUUUCAUAAUUUCUUAAAGCAAAAGAGUAUAAUUGGCAGAAACAGAAACUAAAUUAAUGCAAUUCACCAAUAAAAUUGAUAAAGCAUAAAUAAAUUCAAAUAAAAGAAUAAAUACUUAAAAUCCAUUUCAUAAAAGAUCUAAAAUAUAGUAGUUAGAUAUUGAAUAAUAAGUUAAUUAAGAUUUUUAAGUAUCAGAGCUAAGUAUAGAAAAUAAUUAUUGA